GAAAGCCGGUCAGAGCGGAAGUGGUCGUUAGCGUAGCUCCAGUGAGUGUGUGUGUCCGGUGUGUGUGUCCGGUGUGUGUGUGUGUGUGUCCGGUGACAACAUGCUACCUUUAUCCGUGAAGGACGACGAGUACAAACCCGCCAAGUUCAGCCUGCUGCUGAAGCUGUCAGGAUGGUUCAGGUCCAUCCUCGCAGACAGAACCUCUCGGAACUUGUUCUCCUUCCUCUGUCUCAACCUGUCCUUCGCCUUCGUGGAGCUCUCCUACGGGAUCUGGAGCAACAGUUUAGGUUUGAUCUCAGACUCCUUCCACAUGUUCUUUGACUGCACCGCUCUGCUGGCAGGUCUGGCAGCCUCCGUCAUCUCCAGGUGGAGAUCCAACGACAGCUUCUCCUACGGUUAUGUGAGAGCAGAAGUUCUGGCUGGCUUCGUCAACGGACUCUUCCUCAUCUUCACAGCCUUCUUCAUCUUCUCUGAAGGAGUCGAGAGAGCUCUGGAGCCUCCUGACGUUCACCACGACCGGCUGCUUCCUGUCUCUGUCGCCGGUCUGCUCGUCAACCUGGUCGGGAUCUUUGUUUUCCAGCAUGGAGGCCACGGACAUUCACAUGGAGAGGAAGGUCACGGUCACAGCCACUCUCUGUUUAACGGCAGUGUGAAUCACGGACACAGUCACGGAGGACACGACCACCAGAACAAACAUGGAGGACAUGGACACAGUCAUGAUGGACACAGUCAUGAUGGACACAGUCAUGGUGGACACAGUCAUGGUGGACAUGACGGACAGGGACACAGCCAUGAUGAGCCACACUGUCACGACGAGCUGCACACUCCGGGAAAAGGAGCCAGUAAACAGAUCCUGCAGGGCGUUCUGCUGCACAUCAUCGCUGACACUCUGGGGAGCGUCGGCGUGAUCAUCUCGGCUCUACUGAUGCAGAGAUACGACCUGAUGAUCGCAGACCCCAUCUGCUCCAUGCUGAUCGCCCUCCUCAUCGGAGUCAGCGUGGUGCCGUUACUCAAAGAGUCCAUCGGGAUCCUGAUGCAGCGAACGCCUCCUUCACUGGACCUCGCCCUGCCAGAGUGUUACCAGAGGGUGCAGCAGCUGCAGGGAGUGUACAACCUGCAGGAGCCUCACUUCUGGACUCUGUGUACGGACGUUUACAUCGGAACCUUAAAGCUGCUGGUGGCCCCCGACGCCGACCGCCGCUGGAUCCUCAGCCAGACGCACAACGUCUUCACACAGGCUGGAGUUCGACAGCUCUACGUUCAGAUCGACACGGCCGCCAUGUAGAAGCUCCUCCUCCUCUGAACAGCUGGGACCAAUCAGGUUCAGUCUGCUGCAGAUGACCUCUGACCCCACAGUCACUGAUGGACACAGAGACCAGCGGGGGCAGUGAGGACUGGACCCCCCCCCCCAAACUCUUUUUUGAAAACCUAUCGUCCAUGUUGACGGGCAGAGUGACCCCACCCCCGUUGCACUUUGUAGAUUGGAGCAAAGCAUUCUGGGUAAGUGCCUUCAUCAUGAAUCAGCCGCCCCCCCUUCUCUGCUGGGACCAGACUCUGAUGUCACUCUGUGUUUUUUUUAAUGUGCCAAACCAUGUGACCAGUCAUGUGACCAGUCAGCAGGUUUCAGUCUUUUUUCAACUGUAAUAAAUAAUUCUGUUUCUCUGA